CCUUGAAUCUACUUGUGGCCACUGAAUGGUUUAUCUUGCUGCCUGCUUGUCCCUUCCUCUCCAAUUCUUCAAUACGUUCAAGCCAUCUCUCCUCAUCUUUCACGUCCCUACAUUUCAUCAUCCGAAAGGUUUUGCAUCUAUUUUCCCAUUUUAACGUAUUACGAUCACUCUAAAUGCCGCCUGCUCAAGGCACAAGGGGCAUAGCACGUUCUGAGCAUAACCAUCACCUAGAGGAUGAACACAGGCGCACUCAUACAUUUGGACAGGGACACGGACCAGCAGCAGCAGUAGCUCAUGAGCCUGUGCAGACGUACACCAGCAUGUCACAGAAGGACCGUCCUGGUCAAGAGCGAUUGAAACGAAAGAUCUCUUCCAAGUUACACAUUCCUGCAGCAGGCACGGACACACUUGGUACAACUAGAAUAAUAGACACAGCUUCCGGCUUCAGGAAUCCUUCUCACCUGACAUCUCAGCAAAGUGGUAGCAGCAACAGCAACAGCAGCAGCAAUAAAGCUGAUACCGACUAUAUGAAGGGCAUUCAGACAUCUGGCUUGGCGUCAGCGUCAGUUUCUUCUAAACCACAGAGGAAUCACCACUAUCAAAGUUUUCCACAAAAAUCAACCACAAUUGUACCAGUUCCAGAGACUUCCCAGAAUAAUAGCAGCGCCUUUACCUUCAACCGUGGCGGUAGUGAGACUGUGCGCAUAGCCAAUGACACAACAAUUACCCCGAAAGCUACAAAAACAGGAAAUCUAAGGGCUGCCCCGGACAAGGAUCUAGAAAGAGAGAAUAGAGAAAGAGGCAGAGAUACAGAUGGGGAUACAGAUAGGGACAUAGAUGAUAACCGUUACUAUCGCAAAGCACGGGACCCUAUGUCACCUUAUUUUCGGCGCGAUGAUGGCUUCAAUCAGGACCUUCAGGCAACUGUGAGACAGCACCACUAUCAUCGGAUCAAGAGGCGACUAACACCAGCGGAGGAGGAAAACAGAGGUAUUGAUAAUGAUAGACACCAAGGUCGAGAGCUAGAUCACAAUCAUGCAGGAACAGUCUCCCCAUCUUCCCGAUUGUCGCAUGUCGAUAGCAAAAAGGAAGGAAUGAUGAUAAAUCACAACCAAUCCACCAAUCGAGCACAAAUACUACACAGCAACAGUAGCAAUGGCGUUGGGGUAAUUGCUAACAUGGGUAAUGACAAUAAAAGAAAGGAGGGUGAAUGUCUAACUAUUCGUGAUAUUCUCGACAGUCAAGAGCUAAGAGAUCAAUUGUCAGAAUUACGACGAUCCCAGAACAGCAAUUCCGACUCACGGCAACGAUUACAGCCACAGCAGCAAUAUAAGCAGCGUAUAGAAGAAUCAGCAGUUAACGUAGUAGAAGGAGCAGGAGCAGCAGCAGAAGCAGCAUUGACAUCACGUAUAUGUGCUAAUAGUGCCACUAUAGAUGAUAAUACGGAUGAAUCUAUACUGGAGCGGAAGUCUCGGCCAAGGUUGAGCUCUUUUGGCCAGGGCUCUUCUCCUUUAACAAGAGCCGACUUUGCAAGACAACCACCUAUAUCAAAUCCGCAAAAGACAUUUACUUCAGCCGUCGUUACUGGGAGCCCUGAGAGUCGCAUGGAGCAUGGAACUGUAUUGCCAACAGAAAGGCAGCGACGGGACCUAUAUCAUUCAUCAUAUUCACCAUCAGAUUUCUCGCCAAAUGAAGGCAAUGAUAAUGAUGACGAUAGUGCGGAGGAGGAGUAUGACCAAGACACAGUAGAGCUACAGCCAGGCGCAACAGCUGUUAAAGCGCCUCUAAAAAAUGACAUGAACUCCGCACAUAGCCCUAAGAAUAUUCUGUCAUCUGCGCCAAAGCAACCUCAACUAACUCUUAGUAAUUUCAAUACUAUUAAUAACAAGUUGAAAAAGGAUGAUCGCUUGGGUGGUCUUGAGUAUGAUAGUGGUGAGCUUUCAUUUGAGCGAGAGGUGGCAAUUGCGCGUGCGAAGCGAGAAUUAGGGAUGUCAGCAUCAACAGACAAUAAACGCGUGGUUGAGCAUGUAGCACUGAAGCCAAUAACAGAAACAGCUCUUGGUAAGCCGACAUCACCCAUGGACAACAGCAACAACUAUAUUGUCACCCCUCGAACCACUGCUAGUCGACUGGAUCAUGGACGGGAUUUAGUAUUGGAAGACCUAGUAUCACCUACACGGUAUGAUUUUAUAUCGCGGCAACGACAACAGCAACAACAGCAACAACAGCAACGGCACCUGAAAAUACCAGUGGAUUCGACACUGAUUGCAAAAGAUGGGCCGAAGUGGCGAAGCUCCCCUGGGUUUCCGCCGCUUUCUACAGCAGAGGACCUAUCCAAAUUGGAUAUUGCAGAAAAUCGAUUUAUGGAGCUUGCUGGGUCCUUAGGUGAAGGACAAGCGGUAUCCUCUCUCCUCGGAACUCUUAAAGCUAUGAUUCGGCAACUCAAGAGUGAAAAGAGGUCAAUUACAAAAGCGAACAAGAAGCUAUUGAAAGAGUUGGAGCGCCAACGGAAGAAAAAUGAAAAGCUUUCAAAAGCUACUGCUGUUGCCUCGUCUCCAUCAAGACGGGCCAAGGGACAGGCAUUCCAGAUGGGGACGACUGUCACUCGACCGGAAAAACAGGAAAUUAAAAAAACUGCUGGAAUUCAACGAGAAAAGGAUCAAGUUCAAAAGGAGCUUGAAUCUCUUCAAAAGCGGAUAGAUGCGCUAGAACUGCAAAGAGCUGAAGUACAAAAAUGUGAGAGGAGAUAUGCAGCUGAGGAAGCCGACCUCCUCUUCCUGAUGAACUCUAGCGAUGAUGAUAAUGAGGAGGAGACUGAAUCAGACAGUGAUGAUGGUAGUGGUAGUAGCAGUGAAGACCAAGAGAGUGAACAAGAAGUUUCUGAUGUUGACGCUCAGUCCAGAAGGAUUUCUGUGUAUCGAAGGCCUGGUCGCGGCUCAGACCGUCGUGGUGCUAGAGACCUACAAGUGUCACCACAGGCACAUAGAGCUUCUUCUACCAAGAGACCAUCUAUGAUAAGAGGCUCAUCGGAUUCGUCUUCCAAAAUCAGAAAAGAAAAGAAGUAUCGGGUGUUAAGAGAGCAUGAUCAUCUCGACACCUUUGAGCUGUCCGGAGGACAGGAACAGCCAUCAUCGUUGAGAGGCAGAAGUAGAAGUGUGAGUAGAGGCGCUCGCUCCAAGUCGAUGAAUCCAGAAUCGCGUCGUUUCGUCGAGAAAGUGGAGGAAGUUCAUAUUCAUCACCAUGUACAUUAUGGCCCAGACGGCAAGGAGAUGUCAAUACCAGCGACGAUUUUGCGGUCCAAGACGAAUGAACUGGAUGGAAACGGAGAGGCUCCGUCUCAGCUACAACAGGAAGAUUGUCACCAUCAUGGCCAGCGGUCAUUAGAAGACCUCGAAGAAGGAGUACACCGUCUUCAGAUCGGCACACCUUUCAAACCUCAUUCGCGUAAACCAGCAGGUCAGAAUCAUCACUACUUGUUGGAUAUUCCCAUGCCAUCUAUAAGAGGUGGUACUUUUUUGAGUCAGUCAUUGCCUGGACAGGGAUCACACCUUGAUAAGAACCUAGGCUCUCCACGUCCUAAGCACACCAUCGAUCGUCUUACGCACACUAUCAAUGGUUUGGACAUUGACUCCCAAACGAAUGUCAGAAUCAGAGAUAGUAACAACAGUAGGAAUACUAAUUGUAUUAAGCAUAAGGGUGAUGAAAAUAAUGACGAUGAUGAUAGGAGUGCAUACCCCGCUAUUCGAAUGCGUUCAAAAUUUCAACAGCCAAGGUCUAUGUCUUUGUCUCGGCGUUUGCAAGACGACAUCAAAUCCGGCAGAAAACGUGCUCGAGCGCUAGCCGCUGCAUUGACAGAUCCUUCCCCGGGACAAAAGAAAAUCUCGAUUGAUGUACAGCGGAUCCUAUCAUUGCUCAAGACUCACGAUCCGAGACGGUGCACUGUGUGCUGCAAUGGAGGUAAUGGAACUGAGAUUGAAAAGCACCAUCACCAUCAACAGAUGCAGUUUGAAGAAGAUGAUCGCUCGCAACAGUAUCAGCGUCAGCAACAUUCUCGAUCAGCUCUAUUGGCGCGAUCGGCCCAUGAUACCAGGAACGUCAAACCAUCCACCACUACCACCAUCCGACGGGAACAAUUGCGCCCGACUGCACCACCAACACUAGUAGUAUCAAGCUCAGCCUUAAACCCAAGUUCAAAGCGCGCAAAAAGUAAUGGCGACAAUAAUCAACACACGAUCACCUCGGAUGAUGAUGCUGACAAUAUCGGAUCAGAAUCAGAGGUAGGAGCAUCGCUGUCAUCUAUUUCAGACGAUAAUCAGCGCUCUAUUGCAGCCAACGGUGGGCAUGGCGAGCCUUCGCCAACUUAUCAAAGAUCGGGAUCGCGAGAACAUCCGCAUAGAGGUCAACUAGAACAGCAGGGACAGCAAGAAGGGCUGGCCCUUGCGUCCAUUCGGACCAAAAAGGAGUCGACACGAUCAGAUGGAUUUCAGACCCCAGAGCAAAAGCUUAGUGUUGUCCUUGGACAGCUGGAAAACGAAGUGAAGCAUUUGCGGAAAUCUUACUUCGAGCUCUCUAAAGACCUUAAGACAUUGAGCCAAACCUCUAUCAAUAUGGAGGAUGGUAUUGCAGGUGAUGGUAGCGGUAGCAACAGUCGGAACACCAACGAUAGCAAAAAGGACCUAGUUAUGGUAUCAUCAUCGUUGUCAUCAUACCCAAAGCUGGUUGCAAAAACUGAAUCACGCUCAGAAGUAUUGGAGGAACAAUUGCGGCAGAAAAAGAAAAUUCGGAAACAACUUGAAGAAGUGGCGGAUAGUUUAGCAGAGAAGGCUGAUCUGAUAAUGCGCCUCCAACAACAGUAUAUUAAGCAACGUGAGAAGGAGCAACAGCGGCAAAAUGGUCGACAAGAUAGGAGCCAGGGUCGGGGGCAAGAUCGGGAAAUAAAACCAACUGAUUACGAACGCGAUGGCGAUAGAAAUUCUGCCCAUAUGAAGGGGAAGAGGCAAGCGUCCUUGUCACGGGUUGGUAUUCGGCACAAGGAUGAAGAAGCUGCUUAUCCAAUGCAGGAUAAAGAGGAGCCUCAGAUGAUAAAGAAAAUGACUGAGGAGGAUACUUGUAAGCUGAUAGAGGAACAAGGUUCUACCGGUGAAUAUGGGGACCUGAACGAUAACCAGGACCUUGUACGAUCGCAUCGACAUCACCAAAACCGCCAGCGCAAAUAUCAUUUAGAAAAGCAUCAUCUUCAACUAGGUGAAGUAGAGGUGGGGGAGCAAAGAAGAGAUAAUGAGCAAGGUCUGGAAGGCCUGGAGAGUGAAGAGCAGAAGAAGCAGAAGCAGCCGGCAAAAAAGUCUGGGCUUAAAGAAGAGCCUGAGGGAUAUCGCCAUCGCCUCGCUAAUGGAAUUCGCGUUCCUAUGCGUAAGAUCCACUGAGUCCAAUAUGGGAAGAUGUACUCCACACACUAUGGCAUUAUAAUAUACAUAUAAUACGCAAAACAUUAAUUCAUCAUCAUUUACUGGACAACCUUCAAAGUGAC